AUGUUAGUAACUGUUCUGCUGAACGCGGCCAAUAUAACAUGCGCGCGAGUACACAGUACACAUGCGCGGGAAACACGUUUACGAGGGAAAAGGCAGCCAUUAUUUCUUAAUCUUCCGGAGAACAGCGAAGAAAUGAAGAAGCUCAAGAAAAACGCAGAGAAAGACCACCAAUAUUCCACAAAUAUCAAUCAAAAUUUAAGAAACGUAGAGGAAGACGAACAUAAUUUGACAAACAUGGAAAAAGAUCACCAACAUUCCAGAAGCGUAAAGAAUAAUUUGACAAACAUGGAAAAAAAUCACCAACAUUCCAGAAGCGUAGAGAAAGAUGAACAAAAUAUAGCAGCCAAUAAGAAAAAAGAUAUUGAAUCCGAAAUGGAUAAAGAAAUGGAACUAAAUCAUAUUGAAAAUGUAGAACUAGAAUUGUCUCUCACAAGAGCCGAGGUGAAAGCAAUGGCUGAUCAAAAUACGGUUUUAAAAGCACAGCUUGAAAAAUUGCGGCGGAAAUUAACAUCAUCAACAAGAGCUACGGCACCAUCACAGUCAACAUCGUCUCUCACAAGAGCAGAGAUAAAAGCAAUGACUGAUAAAAAUACGAUUUUAAAAGCACAAACAACACAACAAUUAACAUCACCAGCAAGAGCUACGGUACCAUCACAGUCAACAGCGGAACCUACGAUAGAGGCGAUACCAUCUCGACCAAAAAUUAUACAACAACCAUGCAGAUGGGCCAGAGCAGGACGCGGAGGCCGUGGAGGUCGUGCAAAUCGUGGAGGCCGUGGAAAUCGUGGAGGUCGUGGUGGGCAUGGAGGACGUUACUGUGUAUUACUCUAA